GCCUUCUCUCUCUCUCCCUCCUUCUCUAUUAGUGGCUCCUGCUUCCUCGAGAUUUAAAACUCGCCAGCCCCUGCAAGGAAGUCUUGGCUGAUGUAGCUGAGGCUGCACCUGCAGUCAGUCCCUCUGCAUUCUUGCGCCGGCGCUGCUGAUUUGUGACUCGCCCGGGACUCUCCUGAACUUGCCUGCACUUCGGCUGUUCAUCUCUCCCUCCACGUCCGGGGCCCUGGAUUUUACCCAGAGCUGCGACCGCCUUUGCAGAGAUGGGCUCUUCCCACUCGGUGCCGGACGAAAUCCAGGAGCUUGCAGACAAGACGGGCUUCACUUCAGAUCAAAUUGAGAAUCUGCAUCGGCGAUUCAAGCAGCUAAGUGGGGAUCAGCCAACUAUUCGCAAGGAGAACUUUGAUCGCGUCCCUGAUCUGGAGUUCAAUCCAAUUAGAUCCAAAAUUGUCCAGGCCUUUUUUGACAAGAGGAACCUUCGAGAAUCAUCGGACGGGUUGGCGGAGGAGAUCAACUUUGAAGACUUCUUGACGAUCAUGUCCAAUUUCAGGCCCAUUGAGAUGGGCAUGGACGACGAGCAGCUCGAUCGAUUCCGGAAGAAGAAGCUAAAAUUUCUUUUCCACAUGUACGAUGCGGACAGUGACGGGAAGAUCACUCUGCAAGAAUACAGGAAUGUUGUGCAAGAGAUGCUUUCGGGGAACCCCCACCUGGAUAAGGAAUCGGCGAGGUCCAUCGCAGACGGAGCCAUGAUGGAGGCUGCCAGCAUCUGCGUGGGGCAAAUGGAGCCGGAUCAAAUAUACGAGGGAAUCACAUUUGAAGACUUCCUUAAGAUCUGGGAAGGGAUAGACAUCGAGACCAAGAUGCACGUCCGCUUCCUGACCAUGGAGCCGAUCGCAAUGUGCUACUGACCGCGGAGAAGCUGGGACUGAGGUGUUGGUGCCUUCUGGAGCGACCUGGGACGGAAACCGUCAGGCGGUCGAUACGGGUAUUAAGGAGGAACUGCAUCUCCCACGGCUGGGGAAGGUUUUUUUUUGGGGGGGGGUAGCAGGUUUAGGAGUUGAUGUGCCUGGCUUUGGCUAUACAAUUAUUUUCUCUCUCUUGUCCACACUAAAAAGCCUCAAUAGCCUCAAAUCAUCAAUAAAGCAGGUUUUGUUUUUAA